AUGGACGACCGAAAGCUUCCGGCUCAAUACUUAGAUCGAUAUAGCGAUGCGACAUCGCGACUACAGGCAGCAGAUCUGCCCAAAACUCUGGCGAAUCCAGCCGUGCUAGUGCCCUCUAAAUCUCCCGAGGAAGAGAGGCCUAAAGCAGCAUGGUACGACUGGCGACAGUGGUCACUUCGAAAUCCUCGAAGCUGGUCGCUGCGCAAGCAGCUGGUAGUGGCCAGCACUGUUGUCGUGAUCAUCAUCGUUGUUGUGGUUGGUGCUUACGAAGGGGUGAAAGCGAAUCGCUACCCUGACUAUCGACCCUUGGAUUAUAAAUUGGUGGAUAUAUACGGGGGAAUCUCGUUCUUCGACCAGUUUGACUACUUCUCUGGCGAGGAUCCUACCAAUGGUCAUGUCGUAUACGUGAAUGAACAAGCUGCGCUGGAUCUCAAUCUUACUCAUGCAACGGAUACAUCUGCCAUCUUGCGAGUGGAUUCCUCCACGCCUAAUGCAGUGGGCGGCCGGAACUCCGUGCGCAUAGAAUCCAAAAAGGCCUACGACCAAGGCCUCUUCAUCUUCGACAUCCUUCAUACGCCCUAUGGAUGUGGAACUUGGCCUGCGCUCUGGCUCGUCGACGGGUACAACUGGCCGAACAAUGGCGAAAUCGACAUUCUGGAGACUACCAACGAGGGGUCUCGUGGGAAUGCGGUCACGCUACACACCACGGAUGGAUGCAAGAUGGAUGUGAAGCGCAAACAGACUGGAUCCGCGCUCUACAAGGACUGCGGGAACACCACCCACAGCAACGCGGGUUGCAGUGUGGAGGGAGACCCAUCGACAUACGGCCGAGAGUUCAACCAGCGUGGAGGUGGCGUUUAUGCAUUAGAACUUCGCGCCGAAGGUGUUCGUGCGUGGUUCUUCCCCCGAGAAGAAAUCCCAGCGGACAUCAGCAGCGCCGGAUCUUCGCCAAACCCAUCUAAUUGGGGCACUGCACUUGCCGACUUUCCUAAUACCAACUGUGAUAUUUCAUCGCACUUCCGGAACCAAAGCAUCAUUGCCAAUAUUGAUCUUUGCGGCGACCUUGCAGCCCAGCCACAAUAUUAUGAGAAGAUGUACAACUGUCCGGCUACCUGUCCCGAGUUUGUGUCAAACAAUCCCUCUCAAUUCGAAGACGCUUAUUGGGAGUUUAGGAGUUUCAAGGUGUACCAGCCUUGA